AAACUGCCAAAGUUUCUUGAUAUCGACAGAAACCGGUUCAAACCUGAAUCUUUUGAGAUACAAACCGAAGAAGGCUUAACAGAUGCACAAUGUCAUGAAGUAGUUCGUCAACAAGUAGAAAGUACAAUACGAUGGCGCAAGGUUAUGAAUGAUAAAAAUGACCAUGAAAUACAAUCAAAUUCUCACUUGGUUGAGUGGGAGGAUGGUACAAUGUCAUUAAUGGUUGGAAAUGAAUGCUUUGAUGCAACUCAAAAAGUUGCAGCUCCACAAGAACAUGUCUACAUGCUUGCGCAACAUAAGCAGCUGGGUGCAUUGGAGAGUCAUACAGAGAUCACAGACCACAUGACAUUUAGACCCUCAGAUCUCAAAAGUGAAACCCAUCGUCAUCUAACAGCCCAAAUUGCGAACAAGCAUGUCAAGAAAAUCAAAACCAAAAUGUUCUUUACUGAAAAAGAUCCCGAAAAACUCAAGCAAGAGCUGGAACUUAAAGAGAGUGAGCGCCUGCGUGCACAAAAAAAAUUAGAGAAU